AUGGCAGAUUCAAAAGCUGGUAGUUCAGGUAUUUUUAACAUCCUGUUCAGUACCACAUAUGCCCUGAUCUCACUAACAACUCGUACUAUUCUUCGGUUUGGCCUCACGACGGCUUUGAUUGCAACCGUUGUAAUCACCCUUCAUGCUGCAGGUCAAUUUAGCAAACGAACUUUAUCGCAAAGGCAAGAUGUUUUGGAUAUAAUUUACUGGCGUGAUCCGAAAAAAUCUGGUGCAGUACUUGGUGUUACUCUCAUUGCGUUGCUCGUAUUCGCGAAUUUUCCAUUGAUUGCAGUCUUUAGUUAUGUUGGAUUGUCAAUCCUUGGUGGUACGCUCGGUUUUCGCAUUUACAAAUUGAUUGAAGCACAGAUUAAAAAAACGGAUAGCACAAAUCCAUAUCAGGCAUAUUUGGAGGACAAGGAAUUUUAUUUACCUAAAGAAAAAGUGCAUCAACAAGUGGACGCACUUAUCGAGCAUGUGCAGUUUAUCGGUAACAAACUGAGGCGGUUAUUUUUAGUGGAAAAUAUUGUGGAAAGUGUCAAGUUCGGUCUUCUACUUUGGGCGCUUACAUAUGUCAGCUGCUGGUUCUCUGGAUUCUCUCUACUGAUACUUGCAAUAUUGGCUGUAUUCACAAUCCCAAAAGUAUAUGAGGUUUACCAAGAACCUAUUGAUCAUAAUGUUUCCUUGGCGAAGCAACAUGUCGACAAUGUAAACAAGAUGAUUGGCGAAAAGGUACCGUUCUUGAAGAAGGCUGCUGCUUGCGACAUCAGUCAUGAGAAGUCAUAUUGA